CCGCGAAUUUUGCGCAUGCGUAUAUGGUGGAGGCUUCGCCAUUUGGGAUCUCCGGGCUACAGUAGCUCGGUAGCUGUUAGCUUUCACAGCGAGUUGUUGCUUUAAUCGGGUUUAUUUUGCCCGGUUUGAUAAAAGUAAAGUAAAACAGAGACCAGAAUCUGAGUGAUGGACGGAGAAGAGGAAGACUUCAAGUCCGGGAGCCACUCCGAUGACGGAGGUGGUACUCCAGUUCAGGAUGAACACCCUGCGUCAGACGGCGAGGAGGCGAGAAGUGACAGACAUCAAUCUGAGGACGAGGGCAGCAACGAUGAAGACGCCCCACACGCCAUGCGGACCGGCGGGGCCACCAGCGGCUCUGACAACGAGGCGCACAGAGGAGCCGACAGCGACUCGGAGGACGAGGCCCCUAGGGGCCGCUACGACGACGACGACAAAAGUGACUCUGAGGGUGAGGCCCCCAGGGGCCGCGCUGACGAAGACAAAAGCGACUCCGAAGCGGAGGCCCCUCGCCCCGCUCACAGCGACGACGACGACGACUCCUCUCCGGUGAAACGCAGGAUGAGCAGCUCCGAUAACGAGGAGGCGAGAGCGUCUCCUCCCGCCAAACGCCGGGGGAGCAGCUCAGACGUGGAGGAGGGGGGGCCGGGGCCCCGAGCCGCCGACAGCGACUCAGAGAACGAGAACGCUAAACCUGCAGCGUCUCCCGGCCGCCGCUCCAACGCAGACAGUGACUCUGACACAGAGACGCUCGCCAGACGCAAAGCAACACAGAUAGACUCUGAGGAGGAGGAGGAGAAACAGCAGGAGGAGGCAGAGGGAGGAGGAGGAGGGAAGUGGAAGGCUGUGAUGCAGUCUGACAGUGAGGAUGAGGAGGAGGGGAGGAGGAAGAAAGCUCCCGCAGGAAGUAACGGAGAGCAACAGGAGGAGCAGAAAGACGACAGUGACGACGAGGAGGAGAAGCCAGUGAAGAGGAAGAAGGCCAUUCUGUCAGACAGCGAGGACGAGGACGAUAAGGACACAGAUAAACCAGCAGUGAAACGGAGUCGGGCGGUGUCCGAUGACGAGAACUCUGACAGCGACGGCGGCUCGGUCGGUCCUGAUAAAAGCAUGGCGGCCAAACUGAGAGAGCUCGGCUCCGACAGCGGGAGCGACGAUGACGAGAGGAUGAAGGCAGCAGCGGGGAAGAAGGACGAGAAAGCGCUGUUCGGCAGCGACAGCGAUUCUGGAGACGGGGAUGAGGAGGAGAAAAUGAUCGCAGACAUCUUUGGAGAAUCUGGAGAGGAGGAGGAGUUCACGGGUUUCAACCAGGAGGACCUGGAGGGGGACAAGAAGGAGUCCAAGGAGAAGCAGCAGCAAGUGGAAGAGGAGUCCGACUCUGAUGAAGGAGUCGACCGCAGCGGCGUGGACACCAGCUGCAUGUCUGACUUUGACAUUAUGCUGGCCAAGAGGAAAGCCAUGAACAGCAGGAAGAGGCGGCACCGCGACGGAGGGACGUUCAUCAGCGACGCCGACGACGUGGUCAGCGCCAUGAUCAGCAAGAUGAACGAGGCUGCAGAGGAAGAUCGAACUCUGAACAGUCAGAAGAAACCGGCGCUAAAAAAACUCACUCUGCUGCCACAAGUCGUCAUGCACCUGAAGAAACAGGACCUGAAGGAGACGUUUAUCGACAGCGGUGUGAUGUCGGCCAUUAAAGAGUGGAUCAGUCCUCUUCCAGACAAAUCGCUGCCUGCUCUCAGAAUCAGAGAGGAGUUACUCAGGAUCCUACAGGAACUGCCUAGCGUGAGUCAGGAGACCCUGAAGCACAGCGGGAUCGGACGCUCCGUCAUGUUUCUGUACAAACAUCCCAAAGAGUCUCGAUCCAACAAAGACCUCGCUCUCAAACUCAUCAACGAGUGGUCACGACCGAUCUUCGGCUUGACCUCCAACUAUAAAGGGAUGACGAGAGAGGAGCGUCAGCAGAGAGAUCUGGAUCAGCAGAUGCCUCAGAGGCAACGACUAAGUUCGGGUGGUCAGACACCUCGGAGAGACCUGGAGAAACAGCUGACUGGGGAGGAAAAAGCUCUGCGACCUGGUGACCCCGGCUUCUGUGCCAGGGCUCGAGUCCCCAUGCCCUCUAACAAAGACUACGUUGUGCGACCUAAAUGGAACGUGGAGAUGGAGUCAAACAGGCACGGCCCGGUGAAGAAGGGGAUGUCCCGGGUGGAUAAACAGAUGCGUCGAUUUGCAGACAUCCGCCGCCUGACGAAGCCAGGUCAUGCUGUCAAAAUCAGUGUGGAAGGCAACAGGAUGCCACUCUGAUUUUAACCUCCAUAGGAUUUUUUUUUUCUUUUUAAUGCGUCCCCCCCACCCCCCACCCCCCCGCUCCUCAGGUCCAGCUCUGACUUACUGGCUGAGGUCAGAUACUUUGACCUUUGUCAAUAUCUGCUGUUAACUCAUCUGGUAUUUGGAUAAAAGUUAUCAAAUAAACGCUGAAAUGAUCCACAGAAUAAAAGAUACCUGGCUGCUAACCUUAGUAGUAUUCAUAGUCAGGCGGCUAAGCCAGAUAAAGGGGACACGCCGGACAAAAGCACCAAUUUUUUUCCACAUUCUCUCUAUCACCAUAGGUUUCAAUUUCUGGUAGGAGCCACUUCAUCAAGAUUGCGGUUCGGAAAUGGCAGCCAUAUAAAGUCUAUGAGAAAAAUUCUAUAUCUUCCAAGCCACUUAGAAGGUGAAUCUUGGUGUCAAAAUCUACAUUUUCUGGGUCCAGGAAUCAUUUAAAGCUAUUGAGAAUAUCACUAGAUGAUUAUUUGAUCAAAUAGAUAUGUUCAUUUUCACCCAGACUGGUAGGUCUUCAAGUGCUGCAGCAGGGAAUCCUGAAUUGAAAAUGUUUGGAAUCAAUGUUCACGGGAGAGUGGAUUAGCUGCCAUGUACACUGCUCAAAAAAAUCAAGGGAACGCUUUCAUCUCAUGUCAGAUCUUGAUCAACAAAUUAUUUACAGUGAGUCAUCUAGUGAUGUUCUCAAUAGCUUUAAAUGAUUCCUUGACCCAGAAAAUGUAGAUUUUGACACCAAGAUUCACCUUCUAAGUGGCUUGGAAGAUGUAUUGGUUCUCAUAGAUUUUAUAUGGGUGCCAUCUCCGAUCCGCAAUCUUGAUGAAGUGGCUCCUACCAAAAAUUGAAACCUAUGGUGAUAGAGAGCAUGUGGAAAAAUUUUAGUGCUUUUGUCCGGCGUGUCCCCUUUCUUCUCAAAUCUGGUCCUAAACCGCCUGACUAUCAGGUUGAUUUUGUCUCCUAGCAUUAGCAUUUGUUAGCAACUGCUAACCAAAGCUGAUGCUAACUGAUGCUAACUACAUUACCUUCACCUCUAAACCAACAGGAUCUUUAUUGUAAGCUAAUGAGAGCAAUCAGCGUUAACUGAGUCCUUUAAUGUUAAACAAUGUCAGCACUUUAUUUUGCUAAUGGUUGAAUUUCCCCAUUGUGGGAUUAAUAAAGUAAUAUUUUCUUCUAGCAGUCAGCUACAUGAACUAUAUCUCCAAUUGUUGACCUGAACAGUGUCAACUCUCCAUUUUAUCAGGUGAUUUCUGUUUAUAAUCUGAUCCUUAAAAUCUUUCAUGUUACAAGACAUUAGUCUCUCAAUGUUAAUUGUAGAGUAUUUUUAAAACCCUUUUACCACACUGGCAGAUGUUAACACUAGUUUAAAGAAAAUAAAACUUAGUUACAGAUUAUAGAUUUUUUGCAGUGCAGGUAGUGCAAACGGCAUUAGUUUUAAAGUGAUAAUGCCUCUGAAGGAAAAAUUAAAUUGUCUUGGUAGGAAUUGUUUGUUUGACAGGAACUGAAAGUGACCACAGCUGUUUGUCUCUUUCUUAAAGCUGCCUUCUGAUUUUUACAAACUUAAAUAAAGAUAAAAUUAUCAUUGCAGUGCUGCCACUGAAAUUAAAUGUACGACUACCGAUAAAGAGAAGAAAAGCUGAGACAACAUUGCUUUGUUUUGACCCUGUUGGUUUAGAGAUGAAUGUAACGCAGCUGAUUUAAGAAUUAUUUUGGUGAGAUUUUGAGUUAUUUGUCCAAAGAACCAUCAAGUUACAAGUUUUUGAAAUCUUUCUUACUAUGGAUUUAAGAAUAAAAUCUUCCCUCACGCCCUUUUGGUUUCUAAAUGUAAAGGUAUUUGUGUUUUGCUAAUAGGCUGGCCAGACCUCCUCCUCCUCCUCAGUCCAUUUUGUCCCCUCCCUACUUCCAUAGCGGCUGUACAGAAGUAUGUAAACUGUCUGCAAGGCUGAGUUCACACAGGUAACACAGUGAUUGUGUGUGUGUGUGUUGACUGUGUGAAUCAGCCUGUGUGUCUGCACUGUGUUCUGGAUCAGGUGAUACUUUUCUAAAUAAAGACUCGACGGGAACUCA